AUGGAACGGAAUCAGAGACAAAAAAGAGACGACCUCAGCUCUCGUCUACUGAGUCGUGUGGGUUCCGUUUUCCGCCGAGCGUCCCGGCGAACAAGGUCAACAGUUUCGGCGCAACAAAUAGAAGAAUCCAGGGGACCGGUAGCGACAUCUACACCUGUGUCUGCAGCUGCAGGUAAUACUACCACAGCCAUUGGUACGACUAUUCCUCCUGCCGCUCCACAGCCAUCCCAAACAAGUACCGCUGCUGGCGUCACCGCUCCGACACGGGAUACUGCGCAGGCCAUACUAUGGAGCGACAUACAGCAGGAGAGAGCCCGGGCUUUGUUCGCCAAGUACGGUCUUACUUUGGAACCGCAAGAAUGGAUGUCACCACGCAACGGUGAAGUCAAGCGGGUCGAGAAGCCGAUCAGAAUGAGGGUUCGCCGCACCUGCCAUCGCUGUCAGACAACCUUUGGGUCGGACAAAGUGUGCCCUAACUGUCAGCACAUUCGUUGCAAAGCGUGCCCUCGCUAUCCCCCAGCCCGCACAAAGGAAGAAAAAGAAGCCCGUACUCUUGCAAAAGCCAAGGGCAAGCAACCAGAAAAAACUUCAGAUGCUCCUGCCGCCGUUGCUUCUAUUGAACCAGACAGCACUCAGAAGAUAGAACGUACGCCUCUUACCAUGGAGUCUCGGACCGGAGGCCAAGACGUGAUAUACAAGGAGAUCAAACAGCGUGUUCGUCGAACAUGUCACCAAUGUCAGACUAUAUUCAAAGUUCAUUCGACCGUGUGCGAGAGUUGUGGUCACAUCAGAUGCAAGAGUUGUCCUCGCGAACCUGCAAAACUAGACAAAUAUCCAGACGGAUAUCCCGGCGACGCAGAACCGCCAGAUGAGCGACCACAGCGAGUUUGGAAGAAACCACGAAUGAGAGUGCGAUACUUUUGUCACAAGUGCGAUACAUUCUACGUACCUGGCGAAAAUAUCUGUACGACUUGCGGAGAAGAAAAGGGACCAAACUCACGACGAGACCCACCAAAAAAGAAAGAAAAGCCUCCCAUAGACGAGGAACUCCUGAAACGAGUCCGAGAACGACUUGAACAAUUCCAACUUGCAUCAGACCGAUAA